GCAUUGCAGCUCCAACAGCGGCUGGAGCUCACAGACUGAACAACCUCUCAACUAUCAGACGGUGCAGGAAAGGGAAAGGAUUAUAAUGGCAGCAGCGUGCUCCUCACUGGACCCAGACCUAAUGAGAGAGGUGCUUGAAUGCCCCAUCUGCCUGGAGACUUAUAACCAAGAUCAGCUGAGACCCAAACUUCUCCAGUGUGGCCACACUGUGUGUCGACUUUGUCUGGAGAAACUGUUGGCUAAUACCAUUAAUGGUGUCCGCUGCCCCUUCUGCAGCAAGGUGUCCAGGAUGAGCAGCAUUUCCCAGCUGGCGGAUAAUCUCACUGUACUCAAGAUUAUAGACUGCACUUUGACCUGCAGUGCUGCAGCUGCGGCGCUAAUGUGCAAGUCCUGCGGCAACCGGCUACCAAGACAGUUCUGCUUUGACUGUACCACGGUUCUCUGUGAGGUCUGUAAAGCUGAUGGCCACCUGCAUGACGGUCAUUCGGUUCAGACGAUAAAAGUAGCUGCCGAGCAGCGCCGUAAAGAACUGAGUGGUAGACUCUCUGCCCUCCGUGACGUUAUGGGCAAUAUUCAGAAGAAAAAGAAGGCACUGGAAAACAUUUCCAAAAGCUUGAAACAAAAGUACAGGGCGGUACAGCAAGAAUAUUCUGCGGCAGAACUACAUCUUCAGGAAGAGCUCAGCAGAUCUCGAAGGACAUUUACAACUUCUUUAGGAGAAGUGGAAAAGCUUAAUACACAGGUUAUUGAAGAGCAGACAUAUCUACUGAACCUUGCUGAGGUAAAAGUAGUGUCACGAUGUGAUUACCUGACAGUACGAGUCAGACAAAGUGAUAUUGCGUUGUUGAGAGAUGAUGGCGCAGGAAGUGAUGAUGAAGAGCUGGACCUAAAAAGCAGUUUACCCACACAGUUCCAGCUGCAAGAGCCAACUCUGGCCAGAGCAGAGCACUCUAAACCUAUAGAAGUGGGUCGUUUGACCACGAACGCUUACACAGUCAAUACAGACGACGAGAAAGGUGGGUUGGAAGCUGUGCUUGAGUUUAAUGCGGAGGAAGCACAGUUAGGUGCUACAGGUGGCCCUGUGACAGUUCCAGUAGAUCUUUACAGGGAUGUUGACAUGGUUUCAGCUGGAGAAGAGGCAGUGUGUGGUUCGCCAGGCAGCUUUAAAUCAAAGUCCAUGGAUGCAGGUGGGGGAUCUGCUGGGGUUAGUUCUACACCUCCAGUCUGCCAGUUUCUGAAAAAGAUGGGCUGUAAAGGAGCACUGCCUGGAAUGUUCAAUUUGCCUGUUAGUAUUUGUGUUUCCCCACAUGGUGACAUUCUGGUGGCUGACCGAGGAAACUGCCGUGUCCAGAUAUUCAAUCGCAAAGGUGUACCCCGCGAAAUCAGACGCAAUGCAAGCAUUGAUAACUUUGUUCUCAGCUUCUUUGGUGCUGACUUGCCUAACCUUAUCCCCCUAUCCAUAGCUGUCACUCCCCAAGGUCUAAUUGGUGUUACAGACAACUAUGAUAAUUCAGUUAAAGUCUACACCAUGGAUGGGCAUUAUGUGGCCUGCCACAAAAAUCAACUUAUUAAACCCUGGGGAAUUACUGCCAUGCCAUCAGGCCAGUUUGUGGUAUCGGAUGUGGAAGGGGGCAAGCUGUGGUGCCUUGCAGUAGACCGCAACGUAGGUGUGGUCAGCUACAAUCGACUGUGCUCUGCAGUGCGACCAAAGUUUGUGACGUGUGAUGCAGCAGGAACCGUGUACUUUACCCAAGGAUUGGCCCUGAACUUUGAAAAACACCAGAAUGAUCCCCUCCUCGAAGGGGGGUUCUCCAUUGGCUCAGUGGGUACUGAUGGCCAGCUUGGCAAGCAGCUCAGCCAUUUCUUUGCAGAGACAGAGGAUUUUCGCUGCAUCACAGGCAUGUGUGUGGAUGCCAAUGGUGAUUUACUGGUCACUGACAGUGGUAGGAAAGAAAUCCUCCAAUUUCCCAAAGAAGGGGGAUUUAACGUUCUGGUCCAAGACGGGCUGACCUGUCCUGUGGGAGUAGCUACUACCCAGAAAGGACAGCUCCUAGUGCUUGAUUGUUGGGACCACUGUGUCAAAGUCUUUACAUAUAUCCAAAGAAGGCAUUCUUCAACUUCCUAGAAACUUUUACAUCCUGUAACGUUAGGAGUUUAUUAGAUGUGUUGUUGGUCUGGUCGAAGUGGGAAAGGCACUAUUCUUCCCUAGCUGGGUUACAAGGUGGCUUUAUUUAUAAAUUACUAUAGCAAGUUUUGCAGGUACAUAAUGUAAAUCAAGCAAUUGGUGUGAAAUCUAUAAAGCACAAGUGCAAAUAUUCCUUCUUCUGUUAUCAGCCUCCAUUUCCCCUUAAACGUGAAUCUGUGACUUACUUAAAUUUGACUGAAAGAGAAGGGGUAGAAAAUACCUUAAGAUCUACAUAUUAAAUAAAAUAUACUGUAAGUUCAAGAAAGUUGGCCUGCGAUGCACUUUAUUAUUGACUUGUCUCUCUGCCCCAAUAUUAUGUUUUAGUAGCAAAAUUAACAAUAAAACAUCUGCUGAAUGCAGCUGGCAGCUUUAAAAGUUACUUUUCUUUCACUAAUGGAAAAAAAGCUUUCAAUCAGUAAUAUUCAGGGAUAAUAAAAUGUUGAAUAUUUACUACUGUAAACGUUUUUAUCACUGUGUAGAUAUUUAAAAGUUAGAAUACCAUUCAUAAGUUUGUUAUCUUUUGUCACUCAUUUCAGAAACUGAAACGCAUACAUCUUACAGAUUAAUUAAUCAGUUAUCUGUUUUAAGCCUUUAUUACUAUUUCUAUGUUUUAUCUGACAGAUAUGAUAAAUGAUAUUUUAAACAAAAGGUUAAACUUUUGAAACGGAUGUUCAUUUGCAUGUGGUUGGGCCUCUAUUGAUGGAUGUGACCAUCUAUAGGUGUAGUCCUGAGGCAACAAGCAGUUAUCAUAUCAUACCAUGGAUAAAGACUAUUGUUCGGCCUCAAAGCAAUUCUUUUCUGGCUCCUCUGGAGUUAGUGCUUUGCUAACACUCUCUUUAAUGGGAGCGUGGAGCUACUGUACUGACCUUGAAUGAGGAUGUUGUUAAACGGUGAAAGGAAUACUUUUACGAUCUCAUUAACCUGGCUGACACGCCUUCUGUGGCAUAAGAAAAGACAUAAUACUUGGGGCGGUUUUUGUACAUCACGCGGGCUGGAGUCACAGUGGUGGUAAAAAAAAAAUCAUGGUGGCAAGGCUUCAGGGGUGAACAGCAUCUGCCCUGAGUACCUAAAAGCUCUGGAUGUUGUCAGACUGCCAAGGCUGGCAUGCCUCCUCAACAUCACAUGGAAGUCAGAGAUAGUGCCCUUAUACUGGCAGACUGGGGUGGGGGCAUCCCUCCACACCUGUGGAACACUGGACCAGCUCUACACCCUCGUAGGGGUACUCAAGGGUUCUUUUUCUGAUGCACCUCCCUCUGAAGGUGUUUCAGGCACGUCGCACUGAGAAGGAGAACGACCGAGGACAUUGAGGAGAGGCUGCCGUAUGUCUAUCUCGCUGGCAAAGAAACGCCCUGGGCUUCAACCUGCAGAGCAGGAGGAGGUGUCUGGGGAGAGACUCCCCCAUGUUUAACUUUUUCACAAUAUUCAAAGUCCUGAAAUUAUAAAUUCUACGGUUUCCUUAUCUGUCAUAUAAGUUUAAGUUUUAAAAAGAGUGACAAAAAUAUAGUAUCUUCAAUAAAAUUCACAUUUUUAUAGAUGUAUGAGAAUUGGUGGUUUUCAAUGUUGUGCUCAGAUUUGUAAUUUCAUUGUUUAAUUUGAAUAGCUUUAGGAUCAAAAUUCAACGUCUCUGAUCUGGAUGAUGUUCUACUGUAGCUCAUUCGUCACUGAAUGUCUAAAUGUCUGACUUCUUGAUCUGCAUUCGAUUCCACAGACAUAGAACCAGUUUUACUAAGAAUGACAGAGCUGUAAGCUAUAAAAUCACAGAGGUGCUCUAAUGCUUUGAACAGAGUUUUAGUUAGAAACUAAUAUAGAACAUUUUUUCCUGUUAAAAUUUUUUUUUUUUUUUUUUAAUUGUGAAGUUUCAGGCCUUUUCAAGUCAUUUUUAUGUUUACCAAUCUGCUAGUUAAAAAUGGAAAGGAAAAGAAAGCCUUAAAUUUAAUUCUGUAUGUGUAUCAAGUAUAUUGGGGUAAUUUGCAAAGGGCAUACAUCCAUUCUAGUUGGAAAACAACGUGUAAUCUUCAGUUUAAUCACUCAGUCAGUCUCAUUGCCAUGCUAGAAGGAAAAAAAAGGAAGGCAUCUGGGGAGGUUGGUAAUUGCGAAAGCUUUCAAAAAAUGGAUGACUUAUGGAUGGGCUGGAUUAAUCUGGGGGUUAAUGCCUUUAUGAAAAGAUUUAGCAAGUGUUUGGAAUUUCUAGUGUGCGUUGAUAAACUUUUAAUAGUUAUUUUAAUCUUUUAGGAAUUAAAAAAUGCAAACUGCCUACCAUACAGUUUUGUAAGCCAUGCAAACUCAAAUGAGCCAUGAUAUUAAAAAGGGUGAAAAAUGCUGCCACACAACUCACUGAACUUUUUUUUUAGCUUUAUAUGUCAUCUACAGGAAAUAUAUAUAUUUUUUUCUUGUUAUUCCUGAAAAGAGAACACAGUUUUUUUUUGUAGAAAAUGUAGUUAAACAUUCAGUUCAGCAAAGGGAAUCUUAAUUUUACUACAUGCAUUGUGAUGGCAUAUUACAAAGAUAACUUUAGCUUAAUAAAAAUUUCAAGUAUAAAGGGGAAAGAAAUGUUACAGGAGAGAAAUGCGUACAAGAUUUGAAGCCCAGAAGAGUUUAUUGUUAAAUUUAGUUUAGUAUUUUUCCAUAGAAAAUAACAUCAUAGGUCAUUCUUUGUUUUUGCAUUCAUCACUUAAAUUAACAUUGAAAUAAAUUAAAGCUCAAGUUUUUAAGAUGGAUUUGUUUCAAGAAACCAGAAACGCAUCUGUAAAGUUGUCAGAAUAAUCAUGACUUAAAAACAUAUUUUAUUAGCAAUAUAGGUUAUUUAAUAAAUAUGUUGUUCUUUUAUCCAUUUGCUAGCACUGUUGCAUAGUAUUUAUUGCAUAGCCUGUUGGUAUAUAAAGUAAGUUUUGGUCUCCUCUGUGAGAAAAAGAAAAUUUGACAAUUUUGCAAAAAAUCGAAAUUGCAAUUAUUUUUCACAAAAAUUGCGAUUUUAUUUUGAUUUUCCUUUCCUUUGCACAAACCCAAAGUUUGUAGAUGUUUCACCUAAAGCUUUCGGUUUUGGAGAUCUUGUUUUGCCGAGUCCAUUGAAACAAGAUGUAACCAUUGUGUGAAAAAGUGUUUACUUCUAUGCAUGGAUCUGUACCAAUUAUAUCGCAAAUGCAAUUAAUUGCUCAGCCCUAUUACCGUGUGUAAUACUCAAAACCUGGUUCCACAUUUGUGAUAUGUCCUGUUAUGCUAAAACUGUCAUUUAAUUGAAAGAAUAAGAUUCUUAGUUGAUAAUAGCACUGUGACAUGACUAAAUAUGUUGUUGUUUUAGCUUAUUCAGCCAUAUAAGCAAAUGUUUUUCUGGUCAAACUUGAACUGGGUCAAAGUACAGCCUUUGAAAUCUAUAGUUGAAGCUUUGUGUCCUGUGGAUUAAUUAUGCAAGUUAACAAGAUCAUAGCAGAAAGGAGGUAUAAAACCACCAAAGUAAGGAUUAUUUCAAAUUAAAAUACUGAAAAAUGAACAAAUGUUUUAUUAUGCAUCUUUGGAUUACAUAAUUUUCUUAUGUAUCAUUUUUUGCCCCAUUUUCCAGCAUAAAAAGUAGACAGUAAAACCAUUAAAAUAUACAGGCUGUUUAACUCAGCUGGACUAUCAGCUCCGAUCAUGUGAUGUGUUGCUUUACAGGUAUGCAUCUCAUUUUUAGUAAGUAAGUCAUAAAAUGCAUUACCAUAAUAAAGGUAAUAAGUGCUGCCAAUUCAGUGUUUAUGACACUCUACUUUUUUAAGGCUUAUAUAAAAUGUAGAACAUUCUGUUUUCAAAAAAUAAAAUAAAAUAAAAAUUUCCAUGGGAAUUUCACUAAAAGGAUGGGUAAUGUUUGAGGCUUUGAAGGUUGAACCAUUUAAGAAGUUAACUGUAAUUUGGUAUCAUUCAUUGAAAGUUAAUCUGAAUUUCUAAAUAUUUAGGAGAAUAUAAUCUGAAUUAAAUGAACAGAUUAAUGUAAAUGUUCCCAAACUGACUGACUCUGCAUUUGUAGCCCUAUGUACUGUAAAAGGAAAAUCUAAAUAUGCACAAAAGAUAAUCUGGCAGUCAACAAAUAAUUACAGUAAACUGAACCCAAGAUAGAAUGUUGCAGUUUAAGUAAACGUCAGCUUUGCCACACAUUUUCUUUCUCCUUUUGCAUAUUAAAUUAUGCUUUUACUUUUAUGCAAAUCCAUCUCAGCACUAUAUACACUUUGAUCUAAUAGUCUAUGUACUGCAUGUCAUUCUUAGCAUAAAAAUUGUUUAGUGAUCAUCACUGAAGUAGAAACAGCAUAAUCAAGACUAAAAGUCAAAGACCAGAAAAUGCUUAAAAGUCAAGUGUCCUUGUGUUCAUGUGGUGAGUUGUUGAGUGUCUCUCAUCCUCUAAAUAUGUUGUUUCAUUACAUUUGCAGUUUUUUUGUUCAUAUUACUGAUUUAUGACUUAGCAUUCUGUUUACAGUAUACUAAACAAUCAUGUUGUUCAACGUUUUCAAUCCAAUUCAUGUUUGUAUUGAUAAUCCUGAGUGCAAUAAAUAUGA